CUCAUUCAAUCUAAUUCGGUCACUUGUACCUGAAUUUCUCAAUUUCGCAGGGCUUUUGCUGCUCUCUACCCGUAGAUGUCCUCUUUCGGUCCCCGUAGCUCUUAGUCCACCCAAAAAAUUUUGUUAUAUGCACGCACCUCUAUUUUAUUUCUGGUGUCCAUAAAGUUAAAGCGUUGAGUUCAUUCAAGCUCUAGUGCGCUGUACAAUUUCGGUCUCCACCAAAGAUGUCCGGCAAAGAACAUUCGUUGUUGACGGGCACGUCCCGCAGCUGCAGCUCGUCGGGUGGUCGUUUGAAUUAUACAAGCAAAACGGUUGCCGCUGCGCUGGUUCUCUGUGCUUUUUCCGCAACGACAUCAACUCAAGGACCCCACGCGGCGGUGCAGCUUGUACGCGGUGCAAAACCGGUACCCUCGCCGCCAGUGGUGCUGGAAAAUGAAGACGAAAUUGUGGAGAUCCAGGACAUUGGGCUGCGUGGAUACAGGAAGAGACCGAGGUUACGGGACAAGGGCAUCAAGUCGGACUUUCACACUGCGGUCGAAGAUGCGAUCGGGAGAACCAGGCGAAAUAGUGAAGAUUUAUCUGUCGGAAAAAUAAAGCGAAAUCUGCGCAGCGGCUUGGCGAGAAGCAGUAGUUCAAGAGAGCGACAUGAAGGUUCUCGUUCGGAUGUUGCACCAUCAAGGACACAACUUCUCGGACCGGAACUGCAGCAAGGCGCUGGAAGUCGCGGAGGUACUAUAGCAAGGUCGUGGUUUACUGACGAGUCCGCGGCACUGGUUGCAUCCGAGGCUGCUGCAGAAAGGAAAAAGGCGCAAAGGCACGCGCUUGAAGGUCGAGAAAGAAACGAAGCUGGUCCGUUGCAUCGGCGAAAGCUCGAAAGUGCGAGGCCCGUGGACGAGGAUUACGAACGCCGGAAGGCUUUAUUCCGAGUGCGCGUUUUGGGCAUUAAAGAUCAGGUCGACGUGGAUCCGCGGUCGGGGGAAGUAACUCUGUUCGAUAGUGUAGUCGAUCUGCCCGACGGUGGGAGAAAUCCCUUCUUCAAGUACGCUACCAGGCGCCGGGGCUUGGCGCCGUACGCCCCGCAGACGUGUACCAAACACCAGGACUGCGCGGCGAACCACUACUGUAUGUCGUGCGACAAGUGCAAGACGCAGACCGGCAGCAGCACUUGCAACGGGGACUGCACGCUGAGCAGCACCGUGGGGGUGUGCAAGCCCGUGUUCCACUGCCACAAGCACGCGGACUACCUCGGCGGCGCGUGUCCCAGCAGCUUUGCCGGUUGCGACAAAACCGCGGACUGCAACGCCUACGGGGGCACCCCCGGGACGAGCUGGCGCGGCACGGAAGAGUACUGCAUGGCCUGCGCCAAGUGCAACGCCUACAAGGCGGUGCACCCGGGGCACGACUGCGGGCCCUGCGACAAGGGCAUGGGGAAAGUGGGCUUCUGCCGUGCGCUCUCGGACUGCAAAGUCGCGAAAGAUUCCACCAGUGGUGGCUGCCCGCAGGCGAAAGGCUGCCGCUCGCACAGCGACUGCGGCGCGUCCGAAUACUGCCGGGAUUGCCAAAAGUGCCUGGAAAGGAACGACGCGACCUACUGCGCCGACCACGUGUGUCCAAGUCAAGGUAUCGAUUGCUUUUGGUAGAAAGUUUUUGUCUCAUCAGCUCAAGCGCUGCGUUGUUUUGGUGUUGGCACUUUGUGAAAGGCGAUGCAUUUUUCAUGUAGCCGAUCCUGCCAAACAGGUGGCGGCUACUGCUACGCGAAUUUGGCUGCCUGUGAAACGUUCAACGACGGCGUGGGCGGUUCGUGCGUCCGCGAUUCCGGCUGCAAGUCGCACACGGAGUGUGGUGAGGGGCGGUACUGCAUGAGUUGCCAAAAGUGCAAGGACUACCACGACUCCCUCCCGGCAGAUCGGAAGGACACGUGGCACUGCGACCCUUGUCCGACGAACGCGGGCGGGACCUGCGAGGCCGCGAGGUGGUGCGGUAUCGCGAACGACGGCGUUUCCGACUGCCCGGCGUACGUGGGCUGUGCCUCCAAGGCAGACUGCGCACCCAGCGAAUUCUGUCUCGCGCACGCCUCGUGCGUGUCCGAGCUGUCGCUUGCGGACUGCGGAACGGAGCCUGUGAAAGGUAUCUAUGCUUUCUUGAUACACGGAAAAGAAGUCUGUUUCUAAAAAUUUGAUGGUUCUGCGCAAAAAUUUCAUACUGACUGGCAAAAGCUUCGUCCUAAAUCUAACUCACAGGCGGCUUCUGCCUCGACCACAGCUACUGCACGGCUUCCCGCACGAUUGACGGCGAGUGUGCGAUGCAGUGCAACGGCAACGACGACUGCAGCAGUGGCGAGUUUUGCGGUGACUACAGCGAGUGCCUGCUGCUCCGCGGGGUGCGGUACUGCGGCCCCCAGCCGAAGUCCGGCGUGCGGGGUGUCUGCAUGCCCCAGGAGCACUGCGCCCGCGGGUUGCACAGUCCCAUCGACGGGAAGUGCCCCGACCACAGCCUGUACAGCUUCCACCACCCGUAUCCUGAAUAAAAGUUUCCCCACACCAGAGUCAAGAUGGGAAAUCUGCUACACAAAUCAGCCAGCUUUGGUUGUUUCGCAUGACAAGUCUGCCCUCGUGGUGUGGUCCUGUGUAGCUAGUUCAGCAGCAACACAGAUCCAGCAUAUCGUGCUGAUUAUAGCAUCACAAAUUCCAAAGCCUCCCCAGCGAUAAUGGACAAUGGCAAUGUCGGUGCGGUUGUUUUAGCAUCACAAAUUCCAAAACACGACUAGAAAACGCUUCUCAUGUGGCUCCGCAUGAGAAACUUUUUUGGCAUGCAGAUUUGCAUUGCAACUCUGGGGUGGGGACGUUUUUACACAGGAUAACCCGAGAAACAUCGUCACGCUGGACGACACCGACACGAUGUCGCUCGCCAUCCACCACUAUGACAGUGCGGAAAUCCCUCUCCCCCGCAUUGUCAUGCAAAAUCCCAAAUCCAGUCGCUGCUCUGUGGCACUGUUUGCAUGAAAAGCCCAAACAUUGCUACAUCAGGUGCGUAUGCGUAAAUUUGUCAUGCAUAGGCGCCACGUGUGCUGGUGUUUGUAUUGCUGUUCAUCCUAUACAAAUGAGGGGGAGGGGGAGUUGUGCACUCUCAUAACCACCAGGCGUUCAACGUGUGGCACUCGCCCGACGUAGACGACCCCCUGGAGGAGUACCUGGUCGGCCAGGCGCACGAUGACUUUUCCUACGCGAAGCGCCGGGACGACAAGGAGUACGUGUACAUGUGGAAGGUGAAAAAGGACGACACGGUGGAAAAGGUGACCUCCUGGCAGACCUCCUGCGGGAGCUUGGAGGUCAUCGUGCCGAAGAACGGGCCCUUUGUCUACGAGGCGCGGAUCUCGCUGGACCUGCUGAACAGCAACGCGGGGAUCGCGGAAUGCAGCUGCAUCAAGGAGGGAUACCCCUGGUCGUCUGCAGGUAGAUAAUAGGCUGUAUUCAUUUCUUGUUGUGCGUAGUCUUUACUUCACUUCGUCCCUUUGGGGGUUCAAAAUUGCUGAUCACAGCUUGAUAAUGAGGAAACUGAAGUGAGACACUGCUAUUGAUGGAAUUUCGAAAAUGAAGAAACCUGAGCUGCAAAAUAUCAAAUUCAGGCGUGUGUCCGCGGGGUAUUUCCACGCAAAUCGGGUCCACCGCGCCCAGAUUUCUCCCGUUGGACAACAUCCAGCAGGUGAGUUUCAUAUCGAUUGAAGAUUUGUUGAUCUCCAAUCUGAACAUGACCCUGUACACGCUGCAGACCGAGGUCAGUGGGGUGGCAAAGAAGAUGGACAGCAACGGGUGUCCCUCCCUCCCCAGCGCCGCUGCGGACAGCCCCUUCCACCCCAACAACGCGGGCGGGCUCGCGGCAGUGGACUUAGCGCAAUAUGAGGCACUGUUACCGAAAAUGGCGGGUAUGGCAGGCAAGUUCUGCGUCGCGAAAAGGGACGCGGAUUGCAGCGUCAGCGUGAAAUACAGGUUUGUUUGAUUUAUGUUGAGAAAAAGCAGCUCUACUUCAUCUAUGUGUUAAGAAGGAAACAACACUGCAACUGAAAUUUGAAAUUUCCAAAAAACACACACACAAUCCAGGUACUGCCUCUGGUCCGGUGGUAAGGGGUUGCUGCUUUACGUGGAGGACAGCAGUACGACGGACAUUGACGAUCUGCAUUUGGCGGUGUCGCUGUAUUCCGCGGAGCGGUCUCGGACGGAUCUGAUUCCCGUCGCCCUCGUGUCCCACUUGGACUCUGCCACCAUGACUUCGCUCGACGCCAACUCGCUGACGCUCAAGAUGGGCCCCCAGGUGGGCGGCAGCACCGUCGCCGAGUCCGUGUCCGCGAGCUCCGGUGGGGUGCGGGUGAUCGAGGCAAACACCGGCACGGAGAAGAUCCACCACAAGAUUUUUGGCGCCGUCACCUACAUGGAGCCCAGCGAGAUCCGGCAGAUUUUGUUCGUCUGCACCGACCCCUACACGGACCCCAACGCGAACCACGCCAGCAACGUGGAGCCGAACUACGAGAGCAAGCGGCAGGUCCGGGUGUUCAGCACCUCCAAUAUGGACACCGCGAUGCCGGAGCACAAGCCGCUGGCCGGGUCUUUGCGGCCCAGUUGCGAGGACAGCAUCUACCGGGACUACCACGUGGUGGAUUUUAAGCGGAACAACCGGUACUACACCAGUUUCAUCAACCACCACCACGGGAACACGAUCGAGGUCUACGACACGACGGACCUAUCGGACUGGAAGAUCAUCAAGGAACUCAAGGCCGACUGGGAGGACGCGGACAGCGGGCUGGGCGCCAUGACCACCAACGCGGACGGCAGCAUCCAUUUAUUGACUUGGCACUGCGCUUUAUUCACCUGCGAGGGCAGUGCGGGCAGCGAGCUCUACCUGUUGGACUCCGCGCACCCGCCAAAUCGCCCUUUGCAGGGCGGGAAGUGGGACACGCCCGAAGCGGAAACGCAGGUAGUAUGCUAUGCGUAGGUCUUGAUAUGGAAACAUAGUUUUCAGAAUAGAUUGUUCUCAAACUUUAUUUUUCGUGUUCUCUUUGUUGUCGCGCUGUUCGAAGACACUCGUUUUUGCAAUCGUCGAAGCAGCCGCAUCAAGAAAACCUUUCUGCAAAACAGGCCUGGGUGCAGUUUAUGAGCAUUCAUUCCGUGAUCCGUCUGCCGAUUCAAGUCGGGGCGGAGGGCCGGGACAUCGCCUGCACGAAGGACAACGUUUGCCUGGUUACCAUGAACACCGACGGCUUCGUCGUGUACGACGUGGGCAGCUACGACCAGGGGACCGGCUUGCACUCCGUGCCGCGCAAAAUCGGCGAGCACGCGAAUACCUUCCAGCAGUCCGAUUUGCCGGUCACGUACAAGCGGAACAGCGGGGCUCAGAAGGUGUUCCCCAGCAGGAUACGCGGGGACCGGUUCUACAUCGAGCACUCCACCAUCACCAUGGGCGUCACCAUCGGUGCGUCGAGCCGCAAGGCGGACGUGGUGCGCAACAACAAACUCUGGCUGGUGCAGUCGGAGCCGCAGUACAUUCCCGGGAAUUCGGACGCGGACCGGUUUUUUGACGCGAGCUCCGCGGACCCCAUCGUGUUGCUCACGGUCGAGAUCAAGCGCACCUACGACGACGUGACCAAGCUGCUGGGCGUGCCGCAGGGCAUGAGUUCGCUGGAGCACCUGCAGGCCACGUUGCAGCACGGCUUGGCGUCCGCGCUUCGGGUGCCCGGCGGGCACAAGCGCUUCCCCAUCACAGCGGUCUACCAAAUGGUGGACUCGGUGGAGGUGAAUUUAGAAAUCUUACCGGACAAGCUGAGUCCCUCCCCACUGACCAUGCUGGACAUGCUGCUCCGGCAGCACUCCACGCCCACCAGCCUGCUGCACCGCGGCGUUUUGUCCCCGAUCGCCUCCGACCUGAAGUUCACGGGGGCGUACAGUGUGAUGGGCACAGAGGCGAACUCCAGGACGAACAGCAACGGGGACAUCGUCACCGCGAUGGGUGCGACAAACGCGAACAGUGACUACACAAGCAUAAACACGGAGUCGCGGAUUUCCACGCUGACCGGCAGCGGCGCCUACACGGUGGACGCAGACACGGCACAAAUUUUAGGGCUUUCUAUCGCGUUCGGCAUUGCGCUGCUCGUCGCGAUCACCGUCAUCGUGCUGUUUUUGCUCGAACAGAGGAAACGGAGGGGCCUGGAAAAACAGGUACGAAAUUGUUGUUAUUCUACGGACCAUUUUCACUUAUGGUUUAGUGUUUGGUCCUUGCCGAGUUGUCUUCAUUUUUUUGACUACCAUUGUGUACGGAAAGUCUUUCGCUGACUACAAAAACAGAUGGAGCAGAUGGUGCGUGACCCGCAGACCGGCGGUCCGAGGAAUGGGCGCACAUUAACGGUCGUCGGCCGCCCCACCCGGGAACAGAGCAAUGCCACCACGGGGACCGUGCGCAACGAAGCCAGCGCCGGCAUCCCAGUGCCGCGCGAGGCCUUCACAGAAAGGCAAACGGCGUCACCCGCGAAGAUACCCGUGUCUCCGACCUCGGGCGCCAGCUCCAGCUCCUCCGCUGCCGUGAUUGGUUCCGCACCCGGCACAGGCGUGGCCAUCGGGACCGCGCCCACCGUGGAUCAACCCGCCGGGGGGUCUGGUUCCAUGCAGGAGCUCACAGACCUCCCCACAGGCUUGCCCCUCGCAAAUAGCAGUAACGCGCCAGCCAUACAAGCAGGAGACCCGCUUCCUAGCGUUGCGCAACUCGCGAGCGGCGGACCGCUCGCUCCGAGGACGUGAGGAAAUAAGUAAUAAACGUCUCUCGUGCUGCGCCUUCAGCAUUUUUUUAUUCGACACGUUACCGAAUUUGGAAUCCAUCACUCGAAAAUGCUUCUAAGAAUUCAACAAAGACGAGACUCAAGUAUUUGUAUUCAGACCACCACGGGCAUGGCUUUAACAGUGUGUAGCUAGUGCUGCCCAGGUGAAUCGAUCAGUUCUUCUAUGAACCGUAUGCAGAAUAGUAGAUACUUUAGUGCGGAAGCGCCGCUGGGACAGUGCGGCUGCAAACGACAUGAACGUAUACAGCAAAAAUGAAGCGCGCGUCUUUGACGUGCGAAUUGACGUCGCAACACAAACACAAUGUAGGUGUUCUCAAUAGAAAAGCAAACAGACCUAAAUAUGAACAACAGAUAAGGUACUGCGACCAGGAAAAGAAAGAAACGACUUCGACC